CAUCAGUCUUUGGGCAGCCCCAAACAGGUUGGAACAUUGCAUUAAGGUUUUUGUGAUCAGUCUUGUUUGCUGGAGGCAGCUGGGAAGAGUGCUGCCACCCAUUAUAGAUCAAGACUUCACUCUUCAAGUCAGGGAAGAGUGUAUCUGCUAACAUUGGAUAGUGCUGCUGGGGCGUGACCAUCCUGGUGUUUAUCAAUUGUGAAGGCAGAAGGGAAAAAUCUGAGUCUGCUUAGUCAAAGAAAUGACAAUGGAUCCCAAAUACCAGAAGAAAGUGAAGCUUAAUGAUGGCCACUUCAUUCCUGUUCUGGGAUUUGGCACUUUUGCACCUCCAGAGGUUCCUAAGAGUGAAGCUCUGGAGGUCACCAAAUUUGCUAUAGAGGUCGGAUUUCGCCAUAUUGACUGUGCUUAUUUGUACCAAAAUGAAGAGCAGGUUGGUCAGGCCAUUCGAAGCAAGAUUGCAGAUGGCACUGUGAAGAGAGAAGACAUAUUCUACACUUCAAAGGUUUGGUCCACUUUCCUUCGACCAGAGUUGGUCCGACCAGCCUUGGAAAAGUCACUGAAAGAUCUUCAACUGGAAUAUGUUGAUCUCUAUAUUAUUCAUCAUCCAGUGGCUCUGGUGCCAGGGGAGGCAGUUUUCCCAACAGAUGAAAAUGGAAAACCGAUAUUUGACUCCGUGGAUCUCUGUCGCACGUGGGAGGCCCUGGAGAAGUGUAAGGACGCAGGGCUGACCAAGUCCAUCGGGGUGUCCAACUUCAACCACAAGCAGCUGGAGAGGAUCCUGAACAAGCCAGGGCUCAAGUACAAGCCCGUCUGCAACCAGGUGGAAUGUCACCCUUAUCUCAACCAGAGCAAACUGCUGGAAUUCUGCAAGUCACACGAUAUUGUCCUGGUUGCCUAUGGUGCUCUGGGAGCCCAACGAACAUUGCAGUGGAUGAACCCAAACUUCCCCUUUCUCUUGGAGGACCCAGUUCUCUCUGACAUUGCUGAAAAGCACAAGCAAACCCCAGCUCUGGUCGCCCUUCGGUACCAGAUACAACGUGGGGUUGUGGUUCUGGCCAAGAGUUACAACAAGAAGCGGAUCAAAGAGAACAUACAGGUGUUUGAUUUUGAACUGACUACGGAAGAGAUGAAAGCAAUCGAAGGCCUCAAUAGCAAUAUAAGAUACUAUGAUAUUCAACAUUUUGUCGAUCAUCCUGAGUAUCCAUAUUCUGAAGAAUAUUGACUGUGAGCUGUCCACCAUGCAUUCUACCAGAACUUCUUUUCUAGGGUUGUGAAGAGCAUUUCUGUACUUGGUGGAGAUGUUUAAAAGAAGUGUCUGAACUUUUGAAGCUUGUUUAUCAUUAAAACUUUUUUAUGAAAUAAAGAAGACUUCAAAUAUGAAUUCUAGUUUUCUCUGAUAACUAAAUAAUUGGAAAAUAAAAGAAAAAGAAUAGAAAAUAAAGAUAA